AUGCCGAUCUCAUCACCUUCCAGCAUCAACCAAUUUCAAUUUACCUUCAACUGUUCAGCUUCCAAUUCUGGAGGAAACAGUUUUAUCGAGCCAGAUCCUGAUGCACAGGACAUAGACUCAGAGUCCUUGACAGACAGCGUACAGAAUUUCCCCGAAGAAUUUGGCCGCACCUAUCACGCCUAUCGGGCUGGCUCAUACGCAUUUCCCAACGAUGAACAAGAGCGCGAGCGCUUAGAACUACAAAAUGAAGCGCUGGUCAAGCUGUUCGGCGGACGUCUUUUCUUUGCGCCGCUGUCAGAAAGAGCCCCGCCUGUGAACAUACUGGAUAUAGCGACUGGAACCGGCGACUGGGCCAUCAAGAUGGGAGACCUGUUUCCGCGUUCAGAAAUUAUCGCCACCGAUCUUUCCCCAAUACAGCCUCGAAACGUACCACCAAAUGUCAACUUCUUCGUCGAAGACUCCUCCGAGCCCUGGGACUACUCACAACCCUUCGAUUAUAUCCAUACAAGAGUGACCUCUGGUUGCUGGUCUAACUUUAAGGAACAGAUUGCGGACCAAGCCUUCGAAACUUUGAGGCCAGGAGGCUGGUUUGAGUCUCAAGAAUACGAUGCCAAUAUCAUGUGCGAUGAUGGAACUCUCCCCCAAGACGGCCAUCUCGCAACAUGGUUCCGCGAAAUCAACGAAGCUUCAGAGUUGAUGGGACGACCAACAAACGUUGCUGCGAGUGUCCGUGACGCAUAUGUCGAGGCGGGAUUCGUUGAUGUUCAAGUGCGAAUCUUCAAAAUGCCUAUGAACGGCUGGCCUAAGGACGAGCGUCUUAAAGAACUAGGUCGUAUGUGGGAAAGAAACUUCCUCAUGGGUCUCAGCGGCUUUUCUUUCACUCUAUUCAACCGUGUUUAUGAAAGAACACCGGCACAAAUCGAAGUGUCGUUGGUUGAUGUUAGGAGAGAACUGAUUGACACACGAAUCCAUGCCUAUAUACCCAUACACGUCAUUAUUGGACGGAAACCAUUCCCUGGAGAAGGCUACGUUCCAAGGGCAUCUUUCAGUUAG